AUGCGUUCCAUGCUGGGCUUGAUGUGCCUCUUCUCUGUCGGGCUCGGUGCAAGCAUUGACCGGAGACACGAGGAGACGAGCCAAUUCCCCCCGCCACGCCAGACACAUCAUAACACCCAUGAUCCAACCAUUCUUCGCGUGGGCGACGAGUACUACCUGUACCAAGUUGGCGAGCACAUCUUGAUCUUCACGGCGCCCGAUAUGGCGGGACCUUGGCAGCAGGUUGGCACCGUGUUGGAUGCCGACAGUGUAAUUCCUAAGGGUGACCGGAAGGCGCCGUGGGCGCCCACCGUGAUUGAGGUGGACGGCAAGUUCUAUUGCUACUACAGCGUCAGCGAGGCCGGCUGCCGCGAUAGCGCCGUGGGCGUGGCGACAUCCAACUCUCCUGGACCCGGCGACUGGUACGACCACGGAGUAGUCGUGCAGACUGGUACAGGCAAGGGCUCCGAUGUGCCGCCCUACACGCAAUCCAAUGCCAUCGACCCGAGCACGCUGGUCACGCCCGACGGACAGGGCUACCUCACCUUUGGCAGCUACUGGAAUGGCAUCUACCAGGUGCCGCUGAGCGAGGACCUGCUGUCCCCGGUCAGCAGCACCGAGCCCGACGCGCGCCAUCUGGCAUUCGAGCCCCAGUCCAUCAGCAUCCCGAACCGCAAUGCCAACUCGCUGUGUGGCGAUCCGUCGGGUCCGCAUGCCCUCGAGGGUGCCUACAUCUCUUACAACGAUGGGUUUUAUUAUCUGUGGGUCAGCCGUGGCCUGUGCUGCGGCCUGGACCCGAACAACCUGCCUCCAGCAGGACAGGAAUACAGCAUUCGCGUCGGACGAUCCCAAGGACCCCGUGGCCCGUUCGUGGACAAGAACGGCAAGGACCUCGUCGACGGCGGUGGGACUUUGGUCUACGGCUCCAAUGGCGAGACCUACGCCCCAGGAGGCCAGGGAGUGCUCCGCGACGGCGACACCGAGGUGCUGUAUUAUCACUACUUGAACCACACCGUUGGCCUUGGAUUUUCGGACGCACUUCUGGGCUUCAACCCACUCACCUAUGUCGAUGGUUGGCCUGUUGCCCAGCCCUAA